AUGGUUACUGCAGAAAGACCAGGAUUCGCUAUUACUAGAAACCAAUCGUUUUUCAAACCUAUUAAAACAACUGGGUUGCCCUCUAAAAAUGAGGAGGAAAUGGAAGAUAGUGAUGAACAUGAAGAACAACGUGAUAUUGGAGACAAUGAAAAUAACAACAAUCACAACCGAGAGGAACAACAAAAUCUAGAACGACAAUAUCCAAGGCGAGAAAUAAGAAGGCCGAACUAUUAUCAUUAA